AGUAAGUGCAUAGAUCACAUUGAAAGCGGAUAAUAAAUCAUCUUCUAAGAAGAUUACAGUAUUAGAAAAAUGAUUGAAAUAAACAUGUGUUAUAUAAAAAACGAUAAUAUCAAUAAAAUGUAUUGUUCAACGCAGCAAAUGCUUAGACAUCAAUUUCAACGCAUAAUUCUUCAUGAGAGGAUAAUGAUACUUUAUUCGUACGUCAUCAAAAGUAAUUUUGUACAUUCUCAGCAAAAAGAACGAACUUAAUAGUUCUUUUAACUUGACGUAUAUGUUUGAACAACUGUAUUAAAUAUUCACGUUAUUUACUCUGGCAAGAAAGAGAGAAGAGAAGAAGAUAGUAAAGAAGAGAGAAAGAGAGACGUCUCCAAACCUGUCGAAACAUAGCUGCCUUUCAGUAAUUUCGAUAUUCUACUUGCAACCCCUUUGAUGGGAUCGAAAUUCUUCAAUUGCGCACCACUGAACUAAAGGGCUGUCGUCUUCCAUUCUAUUUUAUUUAGUUGGGACGUCAGAGUAUAACUAAAAAUAGUGGUGGGAGUGAGAAUACGUGUAAGAAACGAAAGGAAAGCACCGUAUACGAGAACUCAGUCUCUUUUAUUAACAAAGAGACUCCAAGUUGCUAACAGCAUGCUGCGGCAGUACAUAGUCACGUGUCUCCUUCUUUUACUUCUAUUUGAUCCUAGUUUUGGGAGACGACGUUCAAAAUGCCAAAAUAAAGAAAAAGAUUCUCAUAACUUCGACGUAUUAAUUUUCACUCAACACUGGCCACAAACAGUGUGUUACGUAUGGAAGGAAAAGUCUGAAUCGCAUGCCUGUGCAUUACCCAAGAACGACGAAUGGUCCAUUCAUGGAAUAUGGCCAACAAAGUAUCACACCGUAGGUCCGAAUUUUUGUAAUCAAUCUUUGCCAUUUAACGCGAGUGCUUUGGAUCCGAUAAAAAGUGAAUUGGAAGAAAAGUGGAUCGAUGUAGAAAAUAUGAACGAUACGUAUUCCUUUUGGCGUCACGAGUGGAUCAAGCAUGGCACAUGUGCCGCUAUACUUCCAGAAUUAAAUACUGAAUUCAAAUAUUUUCAAAAGGGACUCGAAUUAUUGAAUAUUUAUGACAUGAAAGAUGUUCUUGGAAAAUGUAACAUUCUACCUGGUAGCAGUUAUGCGGUUCAAGAUAUUUUCAAUGCAAUUAAAAAAAUUGUUGGGACGACACCAGAGAUAGGAUGCGUGCAUAACAAGGAAAAAGACGAAGCAUAUAUUUUCGAAAUUAAAAUCUGCUUCGAUAAAAAUUUACGAUUGGUUGAUUGCGAUGGUAUUAGUGGAUACCCUUCUGAGACUUGUAAGAAUUAUAAGCAAGUAACAUAUCCUGGUAUUGUACCAUCGUAUUAUAACGUGAUACAAAUAUAAAAAUUUUAAGACUAAAUCUUCGAUAACUGUAAAUGGAAUAAUCACAUAGUACAAAAAUGGAAAUUCAGCUUAGGCUGUGACUCAGAAACUAUAAGUUGAUAUAUACGAAUAUAUCAUGAAUCAUUGAAAUUACUAAUUAACAAAUUAUACAAAUUAUUAAAUCAUUGUAUAA